GCGGGCGCGCUUUCCGGGCGUCAUGGGAGGGCUCUGGCGUCCGGCUUGGAGACGCGUCGUGUUCUGCGGGUGGCCUUGGAGCCACCUUGGGCGCCCAACCCGGGCUGCCGAGAGGGCAGAGCCGUGUCUCCGGCCGGGGAGGAGCGGGCCGGCGGGUACUGAGCAGGGGCUGAGGCGGCUUGGGACAUGGAGGCGCCCGAGCCCGGCGGAGCAGCCGGCUCGGCGGCCGAAGAGCACGAACCCCUACACGCGCUCGCAGGAGGAGGACUGGCGGCGGCGGAACAAGACGGUCCUCACCUACGUGGCCGCGGCGGCGGUGGGCAUGCUGGGCGCGUCCUACGCCGCCGUGCCCCUUUACCGGCUCUACUGCCAGACUACUGGACUUGGAGGGUCAGCAGUAGCAGGCCAUGCAUCAGACCAGAUUGAAACCAUGGUGCCUGUUAAGGACCGGAUCAUUAAAAUCACCUUUAAUGCAGAUGUGCACGCAAGUCUCCAGUGGAGCUUUAGACCUCAGCAAACAGAAAUAUAUGUAGUGCCAGGAGAGACAGCACUGGCGUUUUAUAAAGCUAAGAAUCCUACUGACAAACCAGUAAUCGGAAUUUCUACAUACAAUGUUGUACCAUUUGAAGCUGGACAGUACUUCAAUAAAAUACAGUGCUUCUGCUUUGAAGAACAAAGGCUUAAUCCACAAGAGGAAGUAGAUAUGCCAGUAUUUUUCUACAUUGAUCCUGAAUUUGCUGAAGAUCCAAGAAUGGUGAAUGUUGAUCUCAUCACUCUUUCUUAUACUUUUUUUGAAGCAAAGGAGGGGCAUAAGUUGGCAGUCCCAGGCUAUAAUUCAAAUCACCAACUAAGUCCUGCUUCAAAUUUGUGAUUUUUAAAAAAUCAUGCACCUUGUCUUCUCAGAGAAGUAUUUAAACUAAUAUGAAGCCUUCUGUUUUAAAUGUUAUCUACUGAUGGUUCUUUUCCAAAUUCAUUUAUCCUACUUAGAAUGUAUGACAGUUCGAAACCAUGUAUGUUGGCAGAAACUUGAUUCAGCUCCCCUUUCAGGUUAUCAGCACUUCAUACUUGUAGCAAUAAACUUUUAUUAUUAUUUCUCAAAUAACUGGUUAUUUUCAUUACAAACAGUCAGUAUUUUAAAAGCUCAAAAGAGUAAUCACUGAGCCCUAACAGCUUACCCAAAGACUACAUUUUUAUUUCAAAUCUGACUGUAUUUUCCCCUUAAACUCUAGGGCUAUCUUACAUUCAGAGUACUAAAUAAGUACUUUGAAAGUCUGGUACCAUGAAAUUUAAAUAAAAUGCAUUAAGUAUAUCUAGUAGGCUUCCAGCAUUUCUUGUGGUAAUUCCAAGUCCCCAGAUUUUAAAUUGUAAGUGGGAUUGUGAGGAUUUACUAACAUUAGAAGUUCUUCUGAAAAAAAAAAAAGAAAAAGUUCUUGAACUGUUUUAAUAGUAAUUCAUUUGUCAUUAUAACUUGUGACAAAGGAAAAUACAAGUUAUCCUAAAUGUUUUCCAAUAGACUUUUCUUCCAAAAAGACAAAAACAACCAUUUAGUGUUAUAAAGAAUUGUAUUUAAAGGCAACCAAUGUAGAAUCCAGUGACCUCUUGAGGGUAAACCUGAAAUACAGUUGAACUACAAUCAUCAAAGGUUUCACAACUUAUAAUUCUAAAUAAGAGUGUUAUUUAUAAAGAAGUGCAAAUUGACUUUUACAUUCAACUUUAGGUAAAUAAAGGCACUCAAGUAUUCUUCCUG